AUGUGCGUCUUAGAAUGGUUCCGUGUGCGUCGCGAACCAGUUGGCAAGAAGGUGGUCAUGUGUGGCGUGAAAUCAAUUCCUGGUUCUGGCAGCCUACUCCGCAGUUGGACCAUUCCUCUUUGCUGUGCAACCUCUCAGCUCACAACUGAUAUUGCCAAGUAUAGUGUUGGUCGCCUGAGACCACAUUUUAUUGCAAUCUGCAAGCCAGAUUGGUCUAAGAUUAAUUGCUCUGAGCCGUAUGUAGACCCCAUUCCUUGCACAAGUGAUGAUGCUCACAGAAUGAAGGAAGCUCGGUUGUCUUUCCCCUCUGGGCAUGCGUCUUUCUCAGCAUUUUACCAUGAUAUAUUUUGCGUUCAAAAGCCCCAAGUGGUACGGCCUUUCCUACAGUUCGUAUGCUUAAUGAUGACCUUCUACACAACCAUUUCCCGUAUAUCUGACUAUAAGCACCAUUGGUCAGAUGUUCUCUUUUGGCUUUUUAGAGGGAGCUGUUGUUGCAGUACUUGUCUCCGUAUAUGUGUCGGAUCUAUUUUGUGAUGGGAGUCAACCACGGAGCCGUUCGCUUAGACACCAACAUGAGGGCGUUGAGGCUGUGGCACUACAGAACUGUAGCCAAUCAUCAUCUCGGAGCAAGCUAGAAUUUGUUUAGAGCGACUCAGGGCUCACUUCGUAUCAGACUUGUUUCCUGAGGAACGGCACUCCAAAGUCACAAAGCACCAGGUU